GCAACUGCUGGGUUGGACGGCCAGGUUCACUCCCCCCUGCAGCAACCGUCCCGGUUACAGAGCCUCCUUCAAGCUUGAGGAAAGAUCUGGCUGAAGAUGUCAGUUGCAAGCGUAGUCACCCACCUUGACAAGACCAGCCUGGACUACUCCAGGAAUGACAGCGCAGUGCUGUCUCUGUAUGGAAACCUGGUGAACGACACAGACUUCAUGUGCGACAAGAGGCAGGUCAGGCAGUUUGCUCGAGCCUUCCUGCCGGUGUUUUUCUGGCUCAUCUUCUCUGUGGGCACGGUGGGAAAUGCCUUGGUCGUGCUCGUCUGUUGCAAAUACCGCUUCAGGAGGAGCAUGAUGGAUCGGUACUUGCUGCACCUGGCCAUUGCAGACCUGCUCCUCCUCUCCACCCUCCCCUUCUGGGCCAAGGCUGCCUCCGAUGGCUGGAUCUUCAAGAAUUUCAUGUGCAAAGUCGUCAACAGCAUGUAUAAGAUCAACUUCUACAGCUGCAGCUUGUUUCUAACCUGCAUCAGCUUUGACAGGUACAUCACUAUUGUCCAGGAGACACAAGCUAAAACUCGUAAGCGAAGGCGGCUACUGCGUAGCAAAUUCAUGUGUUUGGCUGUCUGGCUGCUGUCCAUGAGCCUAUGCUUCCCAGAAAUCGUGUACAGCCAAAGCACACAGGUGGGUGACAUAACAGUUUGCAAAAUUACAUACCCGCCAAACAUCAGUAUGGUCUUCAGAGUUACUGGCCUGGCCUUGAAAGUCACAAUUGGAUUCUUCCUCCCACUGCUUGUCAUGGUUAUUUGUUAUGCCCUUAUCAUCAACACCCUCCUGCAAGCCAAAAGAUCCCAAAAGCAGAAGUCCCUGAAGAUCAUCACCAUGCUCAUCACCGCUUUUCUUCUCUCUCAGUUCCCGUACAAUAUUGUUUUACUGGUCAAAAACAUCAACAUGUACACCAGGGUGGCAUACAGCUGUCAGGCUGCCGACUGGCUGGACAUCGGGCUGCAGGUCACCCAGAGCAUCGCCUUCCUCCACUGCUGCCUCAACCCCUUCCUCUACGUCUUUGCUGGGGAGCGGUUCAGGACGGCGCUGCGCAGGAUGAUGCAGAGCGGCUGCUGCUGCCAGAGCAAAGGCCAAGAGCAGCGCUCCUCUGCCUGCGACAGCCCAGAGCACAGCUCAAAUUGGUCCUUUGCCAUGCUGGGCAGGCGGCGGGUGAGAAGCUCGCUGACUCUCAGCAUCCAUUUGACCUCCUCCGGUAUGCCCCCUCCUUGCCAAGUCCUCUUGUAAGUUAGUCCCCCUUCUUUCCCCUCCGGAGGAGCACCAAACUCUUUGGAAACUGUCCAUAUAUCCCAAAGACUCUCUCAGAGGAGCAGGGAGGGCUGGGGGGCUCCUCGGCUUGCUGUGCGGGACCCAUUGUGGGCUUGCUGGCUGAAAGGAAGGGAAACCUUUGGUGCAGGGCAGCAAAAUGGAGCCGUGCUUGUAAGCAGAACUGAUGGAAGUUAAAAGCUAUUUUUGACAGCUGUAAAUACGCAGGCCAUCUGCAGCUCAGACCACAGCCUGAAAUAACAAACCUUGCAGGGAGGCGGUAAGCCCAGCUACUGCAGCAACAGAGGCAGAUGAAGCAGGGUGAACUGCCCGUCCUGUCCAUAGGAAGCAGCAGGAGGGGCUUCAGCCUUUGUUUGCUGUCCAGCCGGGGUCUCCUACAGAGGUGGCCGGGCUCAGGAGCCCUGCCCGCACCUACACCAGAUCCCCUCCGCUGUGAAGGAGAACGGCCUUUAGCUCCUACACUGGUUUACUGCAGCAGGCAAAUGCUGCUGUCUGUGCCUGUGCAGACACAACUCUGUUUUGCUGCACGGGCGGUUUGUGUUGCAAAGGAAAGCCAAUCGUUCAUGUUCAUAAAGUGGUCAUUGCAGAAUUGGAUCUAUCUUUCGCCUAUAUUUUAGCUGUGUCAUGUAAAGUGAAAUCGGGUACAAUUUCUUUGCUACAGCUCCUACUUUGAUAGUGGAAACUAAUUGCACCUUGCAAUAAAAAUUGAAGGGCACCAGAGACGUUGAAUUGUCUGUCCUGGAGAUAUUUGCCAUAUGGUGCAAAGCCGUAGUAAAACAGAAUGCGAAAACCAAACCCAUGCUCCAACAGACGAGCGUUUCUUCAACACUGAGAAAAUAUAUUUAGCCUAGGGCCAGUAAGACAGAGAAUAAUUAAGCAUCAAACCUAACGUUAAUGAAAUUUGAAUUGAGACUUCAUGUUGGUGGAGGCAGCAGUUCCCAAAAGCCAUGUGCUGUAAUGCACCCUGCAACUUCUAUACGGCUUUCAGCGUGCCGGUGCUGGCACCAUAAUGGUGCCCGAGGCCGUAGGGGCACUGCCUGGCCGUACCCGUCGCUUGUCCCCUCUUCAGGGGUCUUUCUUUUAAAUAAUCAUAUUUAACCUGGUUUGCCCCCUGGUAAUUAUUUCUUGCCAGAACAAAGUGUUUUCGUUGUGCAUUAAUCGUUAAAGCAUGCCGAUAAACACGAGUUUUCUGCAAGGUUUGGCACUGCUUUUUUAGCUAAUAGGGUAUAUCUGAGCACAUGGGCUUCUAGUUUCAUACACAUUUAUUAGGAUUUUAAAAAUUUUUUUACCUUUUCCU